GUUCGGGCGCGCUGUCGACUGUCGUGUUUAUGUGUCAAUGUCAGUGCGUGGAAUCAUGUCGUAAUUUUUGUUUUUUCCCCUAAUUAUGCCUUUGGACGAAAGUAAAGACACACUAGGGGGUAAAAAAAUCCGAUUCAAGACCCCUGCGCGUGUUUUGUUCACUUCCGAGAGUAAAAUCGACGACUUAUUGCGAAAUGACAAGGAGGCGCAAGAAGGGGAGGCAAAGAAAGAGAGAAGUCCAUCCCUGGCAUCGUUCUUACAAGUGGAGUUGACCCGUGACUACCUCCUGGAACACGACGAGGAGCGUUUUUCAGCUCGGAGGGAAAAAGUGUACUCCUUCAUGCGUAUCCCCCGAGAAGUGGAACGUUUCAUGCGAUAUGGUUUUAUGCAAUGCACCGAUUCGUUUCUGUUUGUUUACACGUUUUUACCUAUGAGAGUUUUAUUAGCACUUUGGGCUCUGGUGACUCGACCGUUUUCACAGUGUUUUGGGGUACAUGACAGGGGGCGACGGGUUUUAACCCCGGCGGAAAUUUGUGAUUUAUUGAAGGCUGUUAUUCUUGUUACGUGUAGUAUGAUUAUGUUUUCGGUUGAUACGAAUAUGUUGUAUCAUUUGAUAAAGAGUCAGUCAGUGAUUAAGUUGUACAUUUUUUACAAUAUGUUGGAAGUAGGGGAUCGGUUGUUUUCGGCGUUUGGACAGGACACCAUUGAUGCGCUGUUUUGGACAGCGACGGAGCCCCGAGGGCGAAAACGGGAGCACUUGGGCGUUAUCCCGCACCUGAUUUUUGCCAUCGUCUAUGUCAUACUUCACAGCAUUUUGGUUCUGUUUCAAGCCACGACUCUCAACGUGGCCAUAAACUCCAACAACAAGGCGCUUUUGACCAUCAUGAUGUCAAAUAACUUCGUCGAGCUGAAAGGUAGCGUUUUCAAGAAAUUCGACAAAAACAACUUGUUUCAAGUGUCUUGCAGCGACGUGAGGGAGCGUUUCCACCUAAUCGUCCUCCUUUCAAUCGUCGUAUUGCAAACGAUGCGCGAAUAUUCGUGGAAAUGGGACCGACUCUGGGUGCUAGUCCCCGACUGUCUUAUCGUUUUGAUCGCUGAGAUGUUCGUCGAUUGGAUAAAGCACGCGUUUAUCACCCGAUUUAACGAAUUACAGCUUGAUGUUUAUCGCGAUUAUACAACUAGUUUGGCGUAUGACAUGGCGCAAACCCGCCAGAAACACGCGUUUUCCGACCAUUCGGACCUAGUGGCGCGCCGGAUGGGCUUCAUCCCGCUGCCACUGGGCGUUGUGAUGAUCCGAGUGCUGGUCAGUGCGAUCCAUAUCAACGACUUCGCCUCGGUUAUUUUGUUCAUUUUGGCGUACUUCUGUCUCGGGUCGUUCAAAGUCUUGAAUAGUUUGCUGAUUUUGGGCAAAGCUUGCGAUUUGAUAGCGCAGCACAAGCAGGAGAAGGCGACCGUUCAGUCCCCGAAUUCGAAGACGACGACCACUGCGACGAGUCCCUUGCGGCCGCCGGUUGUGGACCAACCCGUGAGGUACAGCAAUGGGUUUCCCCCAGUUGAAAUCAAGGCAGAUUUGGGCCCAGCGGCUAUUUUUGCCAAUAGUACCGUUGAUUUGAAAAACGUUAGUUUGAAUGAAGAGUUGUUGAAGGUGGAAGGUGAAGAUAUUAAGAUUGAGCCGGCGCUCGAACAAGGCGAAAUUGUGACGAGGAGUUUUCCGGAUAUUAAUAGUAAGGAGUUGGAGGAUAUCGGAGGGGAUGGGUUGAAAAGGGCCGAGUCGGAGCCGUCGUUGAAUAUAUGCAGUGACGAGAGUGAUUUGCCAAAGUAGCUGAAACUAGUCGUUCCUUGUUUUUAUUUGAAUUCCAUCCGUUUUUUUUUUCUAUUUUGUUUAAGUCCAAAGACUUUGAGUGUUGAUAUUUUCAUAUUGCAGUUUAUAAAUAAAUAUUUUUAUAUGA